UCUACCAUUGGGAGGGAUGAUAUUUAAUAGAAAGGCUUUUAAGUGGUGAAACCUGCCAGGUUUGAUCCACACAGCAUUUUAUUACAAGAAGAACACAGCGUCCUUACUGCUGGACUCCAAAAUGAAGGCCUGCUUAGCCGUCCUUUUGGCCUGUGCAAUAUUAUGUGAGACCUUUGCAGGCACUAGGGUCGACAUCACACCAUCUCUUUCGACAGAUGUGACCGUACCAGUCACUACCAACACUGUGAACCUUCAGCAGCCAUAUUGCUACUUUGAAAACACCUCACUGUGUGGUAACAAAACCCAAUGCUCUGUAUGGCUGGUGUCUUCACUUAGCUCAGCAACAAGCUCAUACGACAAACUCACUGCUGGUUACAUAGCUCCAUAUAACGCAAAUACCUACACUUCUAACGGAAUUGGGUACUCCACGAUCCCAAUCAAUAGUUUGGAUAAAAUACCCUGCAAUGGUACUACACCUAACAAUUUUGUAGUUGGAGCAGAUACUGUUUGUAGCAAACCUAACUGCAAUGGUGUGUUGCCUGCUGGACAAGCUAUGAGCUUUAAGUAUAUUUUGGUCGAUCAAAACAACAGCAUUAUUGCAAACACAAACUGGCUGCAGAACGUUACCACGAAAAACAUACAAAGUCCAGGCAGUCUUGGUAGUGCUUAUGCUGGAAGGUCUGGUGCAAUGGUGGUGAUCACAGCCAUUCUUUCUGUUGCCAUGGCUUUGCUUUUGCUGUUGCUGCUUAUUGCCUUGAUCCUGGCCUGCUGCUGCCGCAGAGGGAAAUCACAGUCGUAUGAAGCCAGGCGUCAACCUUCGGUGAUCGGAUCCCUCCGUAUUCCCAGUUAUGACGUGCACCACCUGAAGAACCCUUCCCCCUAUGACAACCCUGCAUAUGAGCACGAGCUGAAUAAGAAGAGGUACACCACCAAUUCCACCCUGCCCCAGAAAACCACCACGGUGAUCACUCACGUGCACUCCAGCUCUCCAGAUAACAUCACCCUGCAGAAAAUGUGAAAUGUGCUUAUUUUCACAGCAGUGUAUCUGACACUUUAGGAAAUAUUUCGAUCAAAUGCAAAUGUGGCUAAAAAUCUUUGAUCACAUGUUUCUGAUUUGAAGUUUUAACCGUUAAAAUUCUCUUUAAUACUAUUAUUAUUCUUACUACUUCUGCAAAUAUUAAUAAUAUUGCAAUUGGUAAUAAUAAUACGUUUUAUUUAAAUAGCACAGUAUUUAUAUUUGUAAUGAAGCUCAAUAGAUCAAUUAUGAAUCUGUAAGUACAAAUAAACUUCAGGGGGAAAAAAUGCUAAAUUGAAAAAUUAUGACAAAAUAACUCAAAUUAGGUUCAUUCAAAAACAUUUUGGUCUGGGUUUACAGUUUAUAACUUUUAUAGAAAUUCUAUAAAACUACUUUGAUAAAAAAAAUAAAAUAAAAUAAUUAAAUUGGUAAUCAAUGAAUUCAAGCUAGCAGUAUGACUUGUUUAAUAUGUUUAAUAGUUUCCUAGCCACUGUAAUCAAGUCUUAAACUCUCAAAUCGAUGCAAGUUUCCUUUUCUCCUUUUUCUGCACUAUAAUCAAUGAAUUUCUAAUAUAUUACCAAAGAGUAUAUUAUAGAAGCGGUAUUGGGGCUAAAUAAGUAAACGUUGGCCGAAAACUGUGUACAUAGCAGUAUGUAAGAUGUAAGGUUUAUACAGGCGUGGAUGAAGUACUGAGAAAUUAUACUUAAGUGUAAGUAAAGAAAAUUAGUCCGGGUUGUACUCAAUUAAAAGUAGCCAAAAAAAAAUUUAAUUUUAAAUUUUAAAAAGCUUAAACUUAACUUUUAAAAAAAUUUUAAACUUAAAAAAAAUAAAAUGUAUUAGAAACAAAAUCAUAUUUUUUUAACGGUGAAAUUGUUCAAUUUUUGUUUUUAUUUUGCUGAUUUAAUUUGCAAUAUUUACUGUUUGCUACAAACUUACUUGCUGCCUAACCAAUUAUGCUAGCUAUAUAAUCAAUCACCUGGCAUUGGCAAAGAAAACAAGCUAACUUAGUUCAAUAUAGACCGAAGUAAAUAUUGGGAAAUUAGCGAAACUUACUUCAACACGCCUCUAAUUUUCAAAUUGCCUUGCAGAGAGUUUGCUUAGAAUUUUACCGAGGUAAGCCCAGGGGGUUCCUCAAGUUCCUCAGUGCAGUCCAAUGGCUUUUCCAUACUUAAUACUUAGAGUAUAGUAAUGAAGUACAAUCCUUUAAGAAUUUGGUUUAUAAAGGGUUUAGGUAGGCAGAUAGAUAGAUAGAUAGAUAGAUAGAUAGAUAGAUAGAUAGAUAGAUAGAUAGAUAGAUAGAUAGAUAGAUAGAUAGAUAGAUAGAUAGAUAGAUAGAUAGAUAGAUAUUCUACCUACUCCUUCAUUGAACAGACUUACCUCCAAUGUACAAUUUUAAAGUCCAAUAUAUCAAAUCUCUAAGAUGUAUGUAGUCAUGAAAUGCAGAACAGAUCGUUGCAUGCUGCACUGCUUUAAACUUUCAAGGCAUUAUGAAAUAAAAACGAAAUGUUUACCAAAACCAAA